AUGCGACCUAUUCUAAUCAUCUCGGCAUUUUUCUUCGCCAUUACGAUGGCUGCGCCAGCCAACGAGCCCCCUCGGUCUAAUGCAACUAACGUAGACGACAUCGAUAGGGAGACUAACGCAGACAACAUCGAUAGCUUCACUAAUGCAGACGACAUCGAUAGGGAGAAAUUGACUAACGCAGACAACAUCGAUAGCUUGACUAACACAGACGACAUUGAUAGGGACACUAACGCAGACGACGUUGAUAGGUUCACUAACGCAGAUGACAUCGAUAGGCUGACUAAUGCAGACGACAUUGAAAGGGAAUGCAAGACUAACGCAGACGACAUCGAUAGAGUGUCUAACGCAGAUGACAUCGAUAGGGAGACUAAUGCAGACGACAUUGAAAGGGACACUAACGCAGACGACGUCGAUAGAAUGUCUAACGCAGAUGACAUCGAUAGGGAGACUAAUGCAGACGACAUUGAAAGGGAAUGCAACACUAACGCAGACGACAUCGAUAGAAUGUCUAACGCAGAUGACAUCGAUAGGGAGACUAAUGCAGACGACAUUGAAAGGGACACUAACGCAGACGACAUCGAUAGAAUAACUAACGCAGACGACAUCGAUAGGCAGGAGACUAAUGCAGACGACAUCGAUAGGGACACUAACGCAGACGACAUCGAUAGAGUGUCUAACGCAAAUAACAUCGAUAGGGACACUAACGCAGACGACGUUGAUAGGGAGUCUAACGCAAAUAACAUCGAUAGGGACACUAACGCAGACGACGUUGAUAGGGACACUAACGCAGACGACAUAGCUUACGAUAUCGAUAGGGACACUAACGCAGACGAUAUCGAUAGGGACACUAACGCAGACGAUAUCGAUAGGGAGUAA